CCUCUCUCCUCUUGCCUUUUGCGUUUUAUUUAUGUAGAACGAACAGUGCAUGAAUACAGAGAUUAAUCCAUUCUCAGGUUUCCAAUUCUUGUCUCACAUUCACGUCUAGCAUCAUAUACCGUAACACCCACCAACCAUUUGUGCAAAAGACUGUGACCUACAAAAGGUCGAGCAUCUAUCUCUUUACUGGUUGUCACUUCCCGCAAGCAAAGUAUAAAACAUGACAGUAUCCCACAAGGACCAGCCCUUCAUUUCCUCUUCUGCUCCACUAAGAGAGGGCUAAGGUUUCUGAAGUUGUACACAUAGAAACAGCCACAUUCCACCAGAGCCGUAAUAAGUUGGAGGCAUCCUCGGGGCUUUUCGUUACUCCGUAGGCAAAAUUAAUCGAAUCAUCAAUCUAUUCUGAGGAGCCGUGGCGGAUCCGGGACUAACAUAACAGGGGCCAUCACAUAUGCAAAAUCUAAUCGGCAAUGAAGACCUUGCUACAACUGUGGAAUGAGUGGGAAAUCCGCUUGCUGUUGCUGCUCAGCUUCACGCUGCAAGUGUUCCUCUUCUUUGCCGGCAGUUUCCGGCGGCGCAACACAAAUACCGUCAUCAGGCUUUCCAUCUGGUUCGCCUAUUUAGGGGCGGACUUUGUAGCGAUUUAUGCCCUUGGAUUCCUCUCCCGGCAGCCUGAUAACACCAUGUCAAGGGAGAAGACCCACCAGUUGGCAUUUUUCUGGGCAACCUUCCUCCUCGUCCAUCUCGGUGGACAGGAUACCAUCACUGCCUUCGCCAUCGAGGACAACAAUCUGUGGUUGAGGCAUUUGCUGAAUCUCAUUGCCCAUGUCACGCUAGCAUCCUAUGUCUUCUGGAAGUCCACUGGUUGGCACAACUUGCAGGUUCUGAUCCCUGGCGUCUUCUUGUUUGUUUCGGGGAUCAUCAAGUACGGGGAGAGGACAUGGGCGCUCAAGUGUGGGAGCCUCAAAAACACGGAGGGCCUCGUCGCUCCGGGUGAUGAUCAGACGCAGCCGGCGGGACUGAACGGGGAUGACAUCAACAACAGGGGCGUCGUCCGUUUUGCUCUGCGGUCUGCGCCGGUCGUCCGCAACUUCUUCGCAGGAUGCAACCUGGUACAAUUCAUGGCGACCAACGUGGCUCAGAUGUGCAUGUUCGGUGAGCUCGGUGGACGCCACCAGUUGUUGCUGAAGAUUGAGAUUGACAUGAUGUACCAUGACACUUACAGCAAAGCAAUGGUUCUUCGGAAGAGGGCUGGGAUCAUACUCCGGUGCCUCUCUCAGGUAUCAUUUGUGGUUGCCUUCGUGCUAUUCCUUGUACUAGUUGAGAAGAAAAGGUACACAAGAGCAGAUAUUGCGGUCACCUAUGUGCUGUUCAUCGGGGGUUUCUUGGUGGAGCUUUGUGCGACAUCUCUGAUCGUCAUGUCGCCAUGGACCUGGGGAUGGUUGGAAGCUCGGAAGUACCGGAAGCUGGCCGGCAUGUCAUGGUUUCUUCUCUCCAAGAACCUUAUGAGGUUGGAGAAAGGAAUGUUGUGGCCCAACGCCAUGGGGCAGUACAGCAUUGUGAGCUACAUGGGUCUUGAGCUAUCAUGGCUGUCCAGACGAGUGACGACGUUGGUCACCAAGAUGGCAAGCAUGGUUGGCGCUGGAAAGGAGAGGCUCCUGUGGAUCAGCAACUUAAUGGACAGCAAGUGCAUCGAAAUCGACCGGGAAAUCAUGGAGAGUGUUGCACUGUAUGUCGAUGGCUUGCAUUCUGAGCUAAGUGAUGGGUCGAGAAGACAGUGGCCGAAUCUUCGUCCGGUGUUGGCGAAGAUGCAAUCGCUGUCCAUGGCUGAUUUCGGUCUGGUACUUGUCUUCACGCACGCCUUGACAGAGGUACACUUGCGUACCUAUUAUGAUGAGAAGAAGACUCCUGCAGAGCAAGACGAAACGCAGGAGGACGCAUCAUCACUGGUCGGUGAGUGCCGUAAGCUGUCCAACUACAUGCUCUACCUUCUGGUCAGCCACCCUGAGAUGCUGCCGGUCACCGGCAGCGUGGAUACCACUCUGGAGUUCUUUGUUCGCAAGGUCGCCGAAUACGAAGACGGCGGCGGCAAAGUCGAUCUCAUGUGCGGUACACGUAAGCUGCUGGAAGAUCAGAUCAGUUUGCACCUUGUCCAGCCAAGCAAAGAGACGCUGGAGGAGAUCAGAGACUUUUGGCUGAGGCUCCUCUUGUAUGCCGCCGGCAAGUCCCGAGGGGACACCCACGCCGCGCGGCUGGCCGGAGGUGGGGAGCUUCUCACCUUCGCUUGGUUGCUCAUGGCCCACCUUGAAAUCGGGGAUUCCUGGCUCCGCAGGAUUGAACUUGGCGAUACAACUGGUGGGGACAUGAGGCCUGAGCUAGCCUAUGUCUUCCCGGGUGGCCAUGUUUGAGCUUGUGUA